AUGUAUGCUGAGUACUUGGAUUCUACAAGCAUCACAGGAGAAAAGAUUUUUGUUAAAGAUGCUUGGAGCAGAAUCAUUGUGGAAAUAAUCAAGCGAGAAUGGCCCCAACAGUGGCCUGCUCUUUUAGAUGAACUUGAUCAACUAUGUAAAUUAGGAGAUAAACAGACUGAGCUUGUUUUACUAGUAUUUCUGAGAUUGAUUGAAGACACUGUACACUUGCAAAAUUUUGCGGAUAAAAGACGUAAGGAUAUCCGAAAAGCAAUAUGUUCUGAAGUGAAUAAGCUACUAAAAUUUUUUUGGAGCACUUUUGUUGAUAAUUAUGACAAGUUUUUGAUUCAGAAACGUAUGGAUCCAAAUUCAGAUCAAAGUCUUUCAAAUUUCAGACUUUCGAGUCUUGCUCUCGACACUUUUACUCAAUUCACUGAUAUAUUUCCGAUUGACGUAUUUAUCCAAGAAAUAGGAUUCUAUGAGCUGUGUAUCUUGUUUGCAGAUCCUGAUUUUCAAAAUAAAGCUGCCUUAUGUUUAUUAAAUAUUGUGGAAACUCAGAUGACUCCAAAUGAUAAGCAAGAAUUGCAAGCUAUAUUUGAUGUAGAUAUUUUUUUUCAAUCAACUGCAACUUUUUUGACUUGUGCAUAUGACCCACUGCAAGAACAAAAGCACAAUUUUCUUAAACUUCUUAGUAAAAUCUUCCUCAGUUUAAUACAAGUUCUGAUUUACUUCAAACAAAAGGAAUUGCCAGUUCAGCCUUGGAAUCAUAAGAAUUUUGGAGCUCUAGUUAACUGUGCGUUAUUGUUCAGUAAACAUUCAAGCAUUAUUAGUUUGGAUGGGCAGAAUAUGCUUUUCCACCUUCUACGGGACUCCUUUUUCUCAACUACAUCAGCUGUAACUGAAAUUAUACCUUCUAUUUUGAAAAUGGGAAUUGAAAAACUUUUAAUGGUUGAUUAUCUACCUAAAGCUGACUCUACAUCAUUAAAAUUAGCUUUGGAAAUUGAAGAUGAGGAUGACAUUCAUAAUUUUAGUAUUAAAUUCCGUCAAUUUGUAAAUGACAUUACUAGAGAGAUAACUAGAUUGCAAACGGAAAUUUCUUUCAAUUUCGCAAAGACUUUGCUUCACCAGUUGUUAUCUGAAGGAAAUUGGAUUUCAUUUAUUGAUUCUAAUGUUCUUGCUGAAAGUCCUCAUGCAUGUUGGAAAGCACUUGUCUUUUAUUUGGACUCUGUCUGUAGUGUUUUAUCAAAAUAUCUUCAUUCUGGUGACACAAUUGUUUUGCCUAAAGUUUCUCUGGAGGGAGCCAUACUUCUUCAAAAGCUUCUAGAUUUCGAUAGCAAUGAUCCAGUUAUUGUUUCAUAUGCAUUAUCUUGUAUAUCCUGUUUAUUUAUCUUCACUGCAUCUUCCGAGCCUGAUCUUUGCAUUAAAAUCUUGGAAAAGAUAUUUGGAAAUUUUGCUUAUUGUAAUAAUAAUAAUCUUACUGAUGAACAUGGUGAAUACAAGGAAUUGAGAAGACAUUGUGCGUUUAUACUUAUUAAGUUAAGUAGUAAUCAUCCCAAAUUAUUGUUUCCUUAUUUUGAGCAUAUAUUCAAACAAAUCUGUAACAUUAAUGGAAGCCAGUCUGGAUUCCUUAGUAUUCCUGAUAAAGUUGCUUUCUGUGAAACCAUUAUGAUUCUUAGCAAUGAAUUUAGUGAUUAUGAUAAACAAUCAUACUUUUUACAAGAUAUUUUAAGUUUCUUUGGUUUGUUGUGGAUGUCCAAUGAAGUUCAAACAGCUCUGUCAUCUGUUGAAAACUUCAUAUCUAUAUUGGGUAUUGAUGUUCCUUUUAAUGAUAAACCUGAAGAACAGUGUUUAUCAAAACAAGCAAGUGAUAUCAAGCUCUGUGUAAAUGUAUUUUACAGUACUGUUAAACGCUGCUUUUACCCUUCAGAUCCCGAAGUUGCUAAGAAGGGAAAUUUUAUACAUCCAUUAAGUGAAUCAACCAACUCAAUUUACUACAGAAGUCCUAUAGCUGAAUUUUUAAUUCCCAAGUUACCUCAAGUUUUCCAGUUAGCAAAAUUACUGAAUUCUAUCUAUAAUCCCCAGAAUCGACAAAAAAUCCAUCCAAGUUAUUUACCCGUUUUAGGUGCUGACUUAAGAGAUAUGAGUGCCAUAUUUGGUUUGAAUUCUCCAAAGUCCAGAAACCGUGUGACCAAAAUCAAAAAUUAUAUUCUAGACCUAAGUCAAACUUGCAUUACAAUAAUGGGCACAUGUGCAGAGAGUUGUACAAUAGAUUUUUAUAUGAUUCCUAAUCUAAAAGAUAUGUUAUAUGACAGUCUCUUCUUCAACAUUCAGCAUGUUCCUGAUACAAGACUUAAACACCUCAUUCGUAGCUUUUUGUUACAAUUUUCUUUGAAUUGUCCUGGAACUACAAAUCCAGAUUUGAUGUCUAUUUUAUUGGCUUAUUUCACAUUUAUGCUUCAGAAACUAACUUCUUCAUGGAAUAAAUUCAAAUUAAAAUAUGGAAAUAGCAUAAAAUACGAGGAACAACAAACAGAAGAUGAAGAAAUUAUUGAAGAUCAAAUGAACCGUCAACUAUCCAAAACGCACAUUGAUUUUAUAAUUGAUUUACUCACUAAGUGUGACAAACAUUCUUCUCUGCAAAAUGACUCGAUGGAAGAUGAUGUUAAAUCAACAAAUUUCAAAUUUAGCAAUAAAGCACUUUCUCCUCUUGGAAAUGCACUAUUGAAUGCUGAGGAUAUACGAACUGUGAUAAUAUGCACUGCUUUCAACUCAUUACAGUGGCUUGAUUCUUCACUCAAUCUUAAAUCAAUAAUGAUUUGUGAAUUAAUUUUCAAGCAACUUGCUGAUAAAAGGUUAAUUCAAUCCAUUCAAGAAGCUACUUACCUUCUUCAGAGUGUUCUACAUAGCAUCAAGGAACUUGGACAGCAUGAAUGCAAUCUUAGUGCUUUAAUAGGUUUUGGUAUUACUAUCUAUCAAUCAUUAAAGCUCUUAUUCCCUGACUUGAGUCAGGUUCUGCAAGAUUCAACUAAUUGUAAUCCUUCUAGUCUUGAUAAGUUGAAUGAUCUUUUGAAUAAAAUUCAACCACCUGUUAAACCAGUGAAAGAAGCUUUUAAAAAUGUGGUUCAGAAAAUCAUUGGGGUUAACGUUGGUCAAGAGUACAAACGGAAUGUAGUAAUAAAGAAUUUAAAGAGCUUCCAACUACCACCUAAAGAAAAAAUAUCAUUCCUUGAUAGUACUGAUGAUGUUGGACUUUGUAAUUUAUUCAUACCUUUUAAUGAAAACUAAACAUUGUUUUGUAUGUUUAAAAUUUUUUUAUAAUUCUCAACAUUUGUGUAUAUUAUCAUUAAUCAUCUGCAUUAUUUUGGAAGGAAAAAAUGGGCAUGUCUCCGACAUCAAUUUUUGUAAGAAAUAAUCAGCAAAAAUUUAUUUUAAGAUCAGUAAUUUUUCUCUUUUUCCCUUAUUGCUGCUAAAAUUACCAGUUUCAUAAAAAACGAAUGUUAAAUUUUGAUUUUGUAUUUAGGCUUAAGUAUUAAAACCCUGUUCAAAAUUUUAUUUUUAAAAUGGCAAUGCUUUGCCAUUGUUUUACUUCAACUGAACUCAUGUCCUGUAACAUUUAUUACACUCAUAAGUAGUCAACAGGGUGCGUAGCAUUUUUAAAAAGGUGCUUAUUUUCGUUUUUUAAAAGCCCUUAAAGGUGCUUUUUUCAUUGGGUGUUUUUAAAAAGUGCUUAAUUUUCCCUAUUUUAAAAUGGGGGUUUUCCUAUACCAUGCUGAUUUUU